UAAAUUUUACGCAUACAGAACACACUUCAGCAGCAGCACACACACACACGCACAGAUAUGCCAUGCUUACUGAAACAUAAUACACAUUAUCUAGUGCACCUUAGUCUGUCUUUAGCACGCGCAUUAGACGUGGAUCGGCUUUCCUUCUGCUAGAUCUCCAACAUUGGGAUAGUUUACAAGAAAAGGAAAAUGCAAGUAUUUUGAUAAUUUUUAUUUUCACUUGGUUAAGGACAUAAUCCGACCUGUGUUCUUUCAAGUGGAAUAAACUACGCCAGGGAGCAUGGUUUUAUUCAGGAACGAAACGCUGUGGUCUGAGGAUCAGCUGGACGCGAACCACACGGACAACGAGCCUCUCAGUCCGGAGGUGGUGAUCGUCCCGGUUAUAUUCGGAUGCAUCUUUUUCUUAGGGAUUGUCGGGAACACUUUGGUGAUGGUGGUCAUCGGGAGGAUCAAGUCGAGGCGCUCUAGAAGCACCACUAACAUUUUCAUCCUAAACCUCAGCAUAGCGGACCUUUCUUUCCUCCUCUUCUGCGUGCCUUUCCAAGCCACCAUUUACUCGCUCCCCGAGUGGGUUUUCGGCGCCUUCCUGUGCAAGUUCGUGCACUACGUCUUCACGCUGAGCAUGCUGGUGAGCAUCUUCACGCUCGUCGCUAUGUCCGUGGACAGGUACGUGGCCGUGGUGCUUUCUAAGAAGUCUCCGUGCAUACGGAACCGCAGGAACGCGCUCGCCGGGGUGUGUGUUAUCUGGGCUCUGUCGUUCGUCUUCGCUGUGCCAGUGGCGCAGCAUCAGAUUCUGACUAAUCACCCGGAAGCCCCGAACAGCUCAUUCUGCUGGGAGAUUUGGCCCGAGCCUGUGGCCAGACGCACGUACAAAGUGACCAUUCUGGUCAUUGGGUAUCUGUUACCGCUGCUUUUGAUCACAUGUUGCUACACCAAGGUGUUGUAUCACCUUCAUAAAAAAAUAAAGAAUAUGUCCAAGAAAUCGGAGCGCUCAAAGAGAAAGACAGCGCAGACUGUGCUACUGGUUGUGGCAGCAUUCCUCUUCUGCUGGAUGCCCCACCAUAUAAUUGCCAUGUGGGUGGAAUUUGGAGACUUCCCUCUGAACGAUUCCUCCUUCGCGUUCCGCAUAUUGUCGCACUGCAUGGCCUACGGAAACUCCUGCGUCAACCCCAUUCUCUACGCCUUCCUCUCAGAGAACUUUCGGAAAGCCUGCCGACAGGUCUUCACCUGCCAUCUCUUCUACUCGCCCCCACCUGUGAAGAAAAUAGCACGGAUUCGGAUGGAGAAUUUCUCCACCACACACUCCACAACCAACCUGUGAGAGAAUACAAGCUCUGUGAUGCUGAAACUGAGCCUCCUUGAAAAUAUUCUACUUCAAAAUAGACCACAAUCCGUAUUCAGUUGAAGAUUAAUCCCUUCGCUGCUAUUCAAACUAAAAAAACAGCGGUGCAUGUAGGGCUUGCACAAAUGCAGGCUGGAAAUUCAUCAGCACGAAUAGCUUUAAAAAAAGAAUGUUCUACAGUUACGUCUUCACAAGGUAGACUUGAGAGCUGAAAGCUGAAAGAGUAAUCCUCAAGAUACGUUUUCAUGUCCAGAGCAGCCAAGAGAAGGCGAAGCUCUGUUUUGUUAUGUAAAUGAAAAACAUCCAUGUUGUUAACUUCAGUGUUAAGUUUAUAUUUUUUCCAGUGAAACGUGAUUUGCAUAUGCUAGUCUACGAUAUUUGUGUCAUAAUUUGACUUGUUUACAUGGUUAAACGUGUUGUGUAAUGUGCAGACUACAGUCAUUGUCAGGAUAAAAGGAAAAGCAACAUGAACAUGGACUUUAUCACAAUCCCUUUAACAUUCCUCACAUCUCAGGCCAUGUCCACACACACAUACUGAUACAUAGAAAAUUACAUAUAUAUUUUGUAAUUCUUAAUUAAUCUUAAUAGUAAUCUAAACAGCAGCUUAUAUGAAAGAAAAGAGAGGUGCUUAUUUGUUGUUGUUUUAUGAUAGAUCCAUGAUGGUCACAUGAUCCUUUUUUUUAAAUGAGCCAUCUUUUUGAUUUUUUUUUUUUUUUUUAAUUUUUUAAAUUGAUUUAGCUAAAUUUAUCUGUUAAUUGAGAACACUUAUCUGCUUUUUCAGUUAAACAUAUCACAUCUAAACAAUACAUAAAGCCUGUGCAACUACUGUACAAUGAAUAUUUUGUGGUUUCUUUAUUUGUGCUGGAGUAAGGUGCAUCAAACCAUGGGAAACGUUCGAAGUGUGCAAAUUUCCAUGUUCAGUUAGCGUACAUAAUUUGUAUCAAGCAUCAUCAGUCUUAUGGAAGCCUUGAAUCACAGGUGCCAUCAUUUUUUACAUUUUUGUUCACACUUAUUUCAAGCAAUGGAAUUUAUUUUCAUUUUAAUAUCUCACUAUACCAACUUACUCAUUUCGAAGAUGUCAUUAUUUCCAAUAAAUAUCUUAUUUUGAUAUAUAA